UUAUAUAAUUUGUAUUAAGUUUUUAUUUCACAACAUAAUAUUAAUAUCAGUUUACAAUAUAAUCAUUUGUUAAUAUAUAAUGAGUUGUUGGGGUAAAAAAAGUGGUUUGGAAAAAAAGUUAAUUAUAGCGAUUGUAAUAUUUGUAUUCAUAUCAAUUGGACUACUAAUUGGAUUAAUUUUUGCUGCAAUAAAAAAAAAUAAUUAUGAAAAUAAUGAUAUUUGCGAAACAGCCGAAUGCCUUAAAGCAGCUUCACAGAUACAGAGUUCCCUUAAUUUGUCGGUCAAUCCGUGCGAUGACUUUUAUGAGUACGCGUGCGGCGGUUGGAUGCGGACAAACAUUAUACCACCCGAUCGGUCGAUGUGGUCACAGUUUGAUAUUUUAAAUAAAAAUGUGCAUGAUAAACUAAGAGUUUUGUUUGAAUCCAAUAUUGAUUCGACUUAUCCACCGAUUAUCAAACAAACUGUAAAUCUAUACAAACAAUGUAUGGAUAAAGAUAAACGAAAUUCAAGUAUACAUGAGCUCAGAGAUAUAGUUAAUCAGUGGCCGAUGAUUGACAAAACUGUUAGAUUGACUGACCAUUGGUCACAAAUAUAUGCCAAACUGAAUCGUGAACAUGGAUUUCAUUUUAUUUUAUUUAACUCAAUUGAUUCGGACUCUAAAAACACAAAAAUCAAUUCAAUUUAUGUAGACAGUCCUACUUUUGGUGUAGGACGAGAACAGUUGGUCAAAUCGGAUGAUCCAAACAACAAGAAAAUACUGAAUGCAUACAAAAUUUUUAUUAAAGGAUCGGUACUGUUGUUGAGCAAAGAGAUGACAAACAUUAGUGACACAAUUGAUAACGAUAUCGAAGAUAUUGUAUUGUUUGAACAAAAAUUAGCCAAAAUAUCUGCAGCACCGGUAGAUCGUAUCGAUCGACAGGCGUUAUAUGGAAAUAAAACAAACAUAAAAUCAUUUCUUAGAAAUUAUAAAAAUAUUCCGCUUCUGGACAUUGAAAAGAUUGUAUUCAAAGGUUAUGUUAUGAUUGAUGAAACAACAGAACUUAUAGUCUAUGAUCGCAACUAUUUUAGCCAAUUGGGAGAUAUUUUGAAUAAUGAAAAACAGGAAACUAUCGGCAAUUAUCUUUGGUGGCGAACUGUCCAAUCAUUAGGUGGUUAUACAUCACAAGAGUUUCGGGAUUUGGAGUUUCAGUUCACAAAACAUAUGACCGGACAACAGGAGUCAAUGCAACUUUGGGAGGUAUGUGUGGAUAAUGUUAGCAAAAAACUAAUGUAUUCAGUGGGACGACUAUAUGCGGACAACUAUUUUCCUGAAAAAGCCAAACAAGAUAUUAAUUUACUCAUCGAUGCAUUGAAUGAGGCAUUCAAUGAGUCAUUUGAUAGUAACGAUUGGAUGGAAAUUAUGACUAAAAAUAAAGCUAAAGAUAAGUUAAAGGAAAUGUUAAGAUAUAUUGCUUAUCCGGAUUUCAUUAAAGAUAAUAACAAACUUUCUGAUUAUUACAAAGAAUUGAUAAUUGAUGUUAAAAAAUCUUAUUUACAAUCAAUUAUUAAUUAUGAUUUUUGGUCGACUAAAAAAAUGUGGAUAAAGUUAUCUGAGAAUAAUAAAAAUCGUUCAGAAAUUGAAUGGUCAAUGAGUCCAACUGAAAUUAAUGCAUAUUAUAGUCCAGAUAUUAAUAGGAUUACAUUUCUCGCUGGUAUACUUCAGUCACCAUUUUAUACUUAUGAACUGCCAUUUUCACUAAAUAUUGGAGCAAUAGGAUCGGUUAUUGGACAUGAAAUUACACAUGCAUUUGAUUACAAUGGUGCUCAAUAUGACAAGUUUGGCAAUUUGUACAACUGGUGGGACACAACAACUAAGCAACGGUUUAACGAAAGAGUUAAAUGUUUUAUUCAUCAAUACAGCAAUUACUACUCACCAGAGGUUCAAAUGCAUAUUAACGGUCGUACAACUAAUGGAGAAAAUAUUGCUGAUAACGGGGGGAUUAGACAAGCAUUUAAAGCACUGGAAAAGCAUACCGGUCCUAAUCAACGACUGCCGGCAACUAUGAAAUCAUUUACACCGAAACAACUAUUUUUCCUAUCAUUUGCUAAUAUAUGGUGUACAAAUAUUAGAAAUGAAGCCCUAAUUAAUCAAAUUGAAUACAACGAACACAGUCCUAACAAAUACCGGGUAUUGGGUUCGGUGUCCAACUCUAGAGAGUUCGCCGAAGCAUUCAAUUGUAAAACCGGUCAACAAAUGAAUCCAAAGAACAAAUGUAUUCUUUGGUAA